CAUCAUGAGAACCAAUUUCAAGGCAUUUGUAUCCUUUCUGGUCAUUUCAUUGCUAUUGUCCCUGGUUUCCUCUGCCCCAGAGGAUGGUCUGCUGAGGGUGGGACUUAAGAAGUUUAAACCGGAUCCUAACAACAGGGUGGCUGCAAGGCUUGAAUCCCAGGGUGGGGGGUUGCUUAGGUCGUCAAUUAGGCCAUAUCAUCUGAAUGGUUGGCGAGGAGAUGCUCAGCUACCUGAUAUAGUUGGUUUGAAGAAUUACUUGGAUGCUCAGUACUAUGGAGAGAUUGGUAUUGGCACUCCCCCUCAGAAGUUCACCGUGAUAUUUGACACAGGCAGUUCCAACUUGUGGGUGCCUUCAUCGAAAUGCUAUUUAUCGGUGGCUUGUUUUUUCCAUUCCAAGUACCAAGCCAGCCAGUCAAGCACAUACAAGAGGAAUGGCAAAUCUGCUUCCAUUCAAUAUGGUACUGGAGCUAUUUCUGGUUUCUUCAGCAAUGACAAUGUCCAAGUCGGCAACUUAGUCGUUAAGGAUCAGGAAUUUAUUGAGGCCACCAGAGAGCCUGGUGUCACAUUCAUGGCGGCUAAGUUUGAUGGCAUACUUGGUCUUGGAUUCCAAGAGAUCUCAGUUGGAGAUGCUGUUCCUCUGUGGUACAACAUGGUGAAACAAAGGCUGGUUAAGGAACCGGUAUUUUCAUUUUGGCUCAACAGCAAUCCUGAUGAGGAAGAAGGGGGCGAACUAGUGUUUGGUGGGGUGGAUCAGAAGCACUUCAAGGGCAAGCACACUUAUGUUCCCGUGACACAGAAGGGAUAUUGGCAGUUUGCUAUGGGAGAUGUUCUUAUUGAUGGCAAACCAACUGGAUACUGUGGUGGUGGAUGUGCUGCAAUUGCUGAUUCUGGAACCUCUUUGCUGGCUGGUCCUACGACUGUGAUUACUAUGAUAAACAAUGCUAUUGGAGCCUCUGGAGUUGCUAGUCAAGAGUGCAAGGCUGUUGUUGCACAGUAUGGACAGACAAUUAUGGAUUUGCUUUUGGCGGAGGCUUCACCAAAGAAGAUCUGCUCUCAGGUUGGGGUGUGCACUUUUGAUGGGAAUCGUGGAGUUAGUAUGGGUAUCGAGAGUGUGGUGGAUAAAACCAAGGGUAGGUCCUCUGGCUUUAUGCAUGAUGCAAUGUGCUCGGCAUGUGAGAUGGCAGUUGUUUGGAUGCAAAGUCAGCUGGAGCAGAAUCAGACACAGAAGCGUGUUCUGAACUAUGUCAAUGAGCUCUGUGAUCGGGUUCCUAGCCCAAAUGGAGAAUCUUCUGUGGACUGUGAAAAGCUUUCCUCCAUGCCCGUUGUUUCAUUCACCUUGGGUGGCAAAGUUUUCGACCUCAGCCCAAAUGAGUACGUACUUAAAGUCGGACAAGAACCCAACACUCAGUGCAUCAGCGGCUUCACUGGUCUUGAUGUUCCUCCACCUCGUGGACCUCUCUGGAUUUUGGGGGAUGUCUUCAUGCGCCGUUAUCACACGGUGUUCGACUAUGGAAAUGUCAGGGUUGGAUUUGCAGAGGCAGCGUAGAGGAUUGUUCCUAUGUGGUUCCCCCCUGUUGUUAAUAUAUAUGUUCAGCUACUUCGUUCUGUGUAUGUUGAAAAAGACAGGUGGGGUUUGGUGGUCAAAUUAAAAGUCCUUUCCCAUCCUUUUAUGAUGAUGGACAACCGUUGUAAAAUGUUUCAGGGGGUUGCUUUCUCAUGUAGUAUGCAUUGCUGUUGCCCUUUAGACCUCUUUGAUGAGACAUGUUGAAUGUACUUAUUGCAUGCAUCUUAACUGGUGGAGUUCCCAGCA